UAUAAAACCUGUGAAGUACGGUCAUACCUCGUAAAGCAGUGUUUUUUUCUGCUGUAACCUGACGGAAAAUGGAUAUCGACAAUUGGCUUCAAGAUUUUGGGCAAGCAAUAAAUAAGGUAUAUGAUUCACAGUGAUGGCUGGAUGUAACUCAAAGUUUGAAGAUCAAAGAUUUCAAAAUUGGAUAAAAGCUUCAUACGCAGGUAAUGUAGCCAAGGAGGGACUUGAAGAUAUUGUCUUUAACAUUAUUCUCAAGUUUCACCAAAAUAUCCUUGCGGGUAUUUUGACGGAACAGCAAGUUAGAAAUGACACUACGUGUUCUGAAUGUUUAACGGAAAACAUUUUACCUUGUCCGACGAGAAAUAUAUGUGUCAACCAAUCUGGAAUUUGUUCCUUUCACAAUAAUGAACGUAAAAAGUAUAGGAUUUGUCCAAACGGAAUAUGUGACAAGCUCAGAGAGGAAAUUAAGAAAAGUCAUAAAUAUCGAAAUCCGUCUUGGAAGAAUACACGUGCAGAAGAAUGGUGUGUAAAUUCAUGGGAAAUAGGAAAAUGUUACUUGCCACGUGAAGGUUAUCUGGCUGUGACGAAAGUUACAGAAAUGGACUUAAAUGGUCUACUUAAUGUGAUGAUAAAUCAUCAAGCAUUCGAUGUCAUUGUUGACCAAAAUAUUUGCAUUGUGGCUAAGGAAUUGGGAAAACAACUCAGACAUUCGUCAGAUCUUUAUGUUGAUAACAAGACUUUAAAUGGCUAUCUCAACGCCUUAAUUACACUACUUACAUCUUCUGGUCAAAUGAAAAAUGAUAAAAAGGCAGCUGAAGCGGUUAAAACGAUACAAAAGCUGCAAAAGGAACAAUCUUCAAUUUCAACCAAAGACAUGGCGCAGGUUUUUCAGAAACUUCUGGAUGAAAAGGCACGUUCUUCUUUGCAAUAUAUCGAUCAAGCAAGUAAGAAGUGUAUUCAGAAUAUGAGAGAUGCCCUAAGAGAGAUUAAAACUUCACUAGCAUCCAGUAUGAAAGAUUCAACAAAGACAGCAGCUGGAAAUAGGAAAAGAAUGACGGAACAUUCAUGUUGUUCAAAGACCAUUAAAAGGGCAAAUGUGUCAUCAGAGGCGAUCAACCUCCACUCCUUCGAGCUCAGCUCACCAGCUUUUAAACUGCCGACGGUAGACGGGUACGGGGAAAUGAGGAAAAAGUUAAUGGAAGAUCUGAUUAUAUUCAACAGCAAUCGAAAUAGCACUCUCCCAAUUUCACCAUUGAUUGAAAAAUUUGACGUCAAUAUUGUGGACUUCUACGUCCUACCAGAAUUGUAUUCUGUUGAAGUUGAGAAAUCUAAACUUGGCGGAAGUGAAAUUAAAUACCCUAUUGAGUCGCUGGAAAAUGUGUUCAGAAAACAAAACUCAAAUUGCAAGGAAAUAUAUCUUACUGCUGACGCUGGGCUUGGAAAAACAGCUUUUUGUAAAUAUCUUGCAGUUUUGUGGUGUCAUGCACAUCGAGGAAGUGACCAUCAUCAUGGGAACAUUCCUGAUACGGAAAUAUGCUUUAUGAAGUAUUUUGAGUUUCUGUUCCUCAUCUCCUUACGUGAAUCACGUGAUGACUGUGAUAUAGACAAUAUGAUCUUAAGACUUAUCGUCCCACAUCUCUCCCAUUCGUCUAUUUUCUCAAUAGAAUUUCUGCAAGAAAUUCUGCAUCGUGAAAACUGUCUUUUAAUCCUGGAUGGUUUAGAUGAAUGGACACACCCUAGGAAUAGCAAUUGUCAAAUAAAACCUAAAUGCGUCCCACAUAGAAAAGCCCGUCAAAGAUGUACAAUACUUACGACUUCAAGGCCAUGGAAGUUCACUAUGUUAGAUAUAAACAAGAGUCAAAUACACCAUCAAAUACAAAUGGUUGGACUCAGUCAAGCAGGUAAAGCAGUUCUAAAACAAAGGGCAGUUUUGAGAGUCAAUACCGACGGUCAUGAUUGCCACAGGGGUGAUGUUAUUGGAUUCAACACGGAAAGCUUUUCAAGUGAAAUCGAUGACCUUGAAAACGUUCCCAUGCUUUUGAUGUAUCUCAUUUGCUUAUGGUGUGAGGGAAAGCCCCUUGCACGGUCCAAAUGUGAGUUAUUUAGUAACAUACUUGAUCUUAAGCUGCAACGUAAUAAACGAAGAAUAGAGAUUUUACAGUUAUCAGAACUUGUAAAAAGGGUAGACUCUAGCAAAGUUGAAGUCCCACAUUGCUUCGCUUCACUAAGCUAUUGCAAACAGUACAUUGGUGUUCUUAUUCCUCUAGGACAGUUGGCAUUUGAUACACUAUUCAACGAAAAGAGAGAAAGAACGAUCGUCUUUGAAAGUUCAGAAGUUGAAGAAGUUUUAUGCCCGGAAUACUUUAAAUUCGGUCUCUCUACAGGUAUAUUGACUCAAACAGAAAUCACUGGGUAUUUACUAAGCCAAAAAUCAAGUGUUUCCUUCACACAUAAAACGUUUCAAGAAUUUUUUGCCGCACUGUAUAUGGCAGUUGUUCCAAAGCAGUCUGAGAUAAUAGCCAAAAUUGUAUCCGUUUGUACAUCUAUUCAAAGAAUUCUUGAAAUGUCAGACGUGCUCAUUUUCCUUAGCGGAAUGAGUACGCAGAUGCCGGAACAAAUUUCACAAAAUCUUACUAAGGCUGUCGCUGAAGAUGACAUAACACGCAAAUAUAGACGCACCGAAUCAUUUUGGGACUAUUCUACCGUAGAAGAACCUCUCAAAAGUUUUCAAGAUAUGCAAAUUGCUUGUUUCAAGGAACAUGCACAAAAUAUGGACAAGGAACUCAAACUAUGCUUGCAAGAUUUUAUAGUAGACAGUAGCUGCCAAGAAGAAAAGUAUCUGUCUACACUGAAAAGUUUAGCUAUUUUCAAUAACCGAGAUAUAAAAUCUCUGAAUAUUGAGCUAGAAGGCAUUCCUAGUUUGCAUGAAAUAAUGACAUCAUUCGAAUUUUGUAAUGCUCGUGAACUCGAACACCUGUACCUAAGAGGAGAUUGUUCUGAAACGGACAUAUGCCAUUUGCUAUCAGGAUCAGUGAAAACACUCAGAAGUGUCGCCCUUUUAUCGCGACAUUGGCAGGUGAACCAUUUUGAGGGUGAAUUUAGCGUAUGGUCACACGAACUUUGUAACAAUUUACGUAGAAUGAAUAGAUUAGAAGCUAUCCACUUGAACUGUUUCAUACUUGGACACCAACAUAUGGAAGAAUUACUUGGCUAUUUAAGUAAAUGUAAGAAUAUGAAGGAGGUAAUACUCGGAAACGUCCCUUGUGCGGAUCACUUAGACCAGUGUAGCGGCUUCGAACUAGACUUGUCCAAACAUUCGGAUCUCAGGACAUUACGAUUACAUAAUAUACCUCUGUCACAGUUAAAAAUAAACGUGACAUGGUUAGAACAAGUUAGUAUUGGACGGCUGCCCUGCAGGCAAUGUAAUGUUUUGUCAACGUAUCUCGGAUAUCUUCCGAAAGCUACCAAACUAGAAAGGUUUCGUUGUAGUUUUCUAGAAUCGUCUCUAGAUGUUGACGAAAUACUACGAGUUAUACCACAACUUGUUCAUUUGAAAGACCUCCGACUUCAUUGUAUCGAUGUCGGUGGUAGAACAUUGACAUUGUCAGAGAAAAUGACCGACAUUCAAUGUGUUCAUCUGUCUGAAGUGACAAUGUCAAGCUCAGGAUUUCACGUGUUGGUUAAGAGCCUUAUGGGGUACAGUCAGUCGGUACUUGUGGUGCUGGUUAACUGUGCUAUAGGCUCUGAUCAUGAGUACGCAAUGAUUAAGAAAUCGAUACGACUGAAUGAAAAACUCUUGGUUACAUUUGAUGGACGGAAUCAUUGGAAAAAUGAGGAAUAUUCUUUCAGAACGGUCGGGUUCAGCAUCGGACGAGCAUAAGUUUGACCACGCUUGUCUGUGGCAUGAUUGAUAUUGAUUAAUCAAGUGUUUCAUACUAUCAUAUUACUGCUUUGCUUGGAAUGAUAGGAACACUGAUGCAGAGGCUUAAAUACAUCGUCUGUUAUUGAAGAACAUGAUAAUUGAUUUCAAAUCAAUUAUACACUAAAGGACAUCCUGACUGAAGCAAAACUUUAAUGAUAUGCGUCUUGUUCAUUAUUAAUCACUUUCGUCGUUAGUGACAUUCACUUAAACGCCGCACGCAUUCCAGCGCAAUCGGAUUUCUAUUUCUUCAAAACAUUUAUUGAAAAAAUUAUCAUACAUAAAUGAAAAGUAAAAGAAAAGUCGAACAAGAGACUUUCUUAUUCUAAAAAGAUUUAACUAUCAAAAGACUCUACAUGUACUCAAUUUUAUGAAAUAGAUAUUUAAUUUUACUUUAGAAUAUGUUCCUGUGAUUUAGAAAUUAAAUGAAGUCAGUGCAGAAAUGUAAAAAUUAAACAUAAAACAUGCCAUGUGGAUAAGAUAUACUUCUGAACUUCAUAUGCAUCAUACGAAAUUCUUACCAGAGACUAAAUAAUGCUCUCUGAAGAAAAGAUGAUUAGAAAUGCAUCCGUUCAUUGAUUUGCAAAGGAUGAAACAAGUAUGCUAGCAAAUCGUCAGUUUAUUUCCAUAUUAAAUUGUACUGUGUAAAAAUCUUAAUCGAUUGUGUAUAUCAUCUCAUAAAUAAUUUAUUACUCGCAAUCAAUGCAACUUUAACAUAUAUUGUAUAUGUACGGAAUGGAUAGCCAGUGACCUUAAA